AGAUGAUCAGAUAAGUUUGAGUAUUUAAGAGCUGGUGUUCCUCCUGUUCUGCACCACAGGACGGCUGGACUUCAGGAUCCUCAUCAUGAAGACGCUCGCUGUGUUCGCUCUGGUUUGUGCCAUGAUGGCCUUGGUUAGAGCUGCUGCCGUUUCAGAGGAAGCAGCUGAAAAAGACCUAGCAGUUAAGAGUCAUGUGGUGAAGCGCUCAGUUCGCUGCCCCAGUGGAUGGACCUCGGUCAACGGACGCUGUUUCUUCUUCAACCCCAGACCCAUGACUUGGGCUAAAGCCGAGAGAAACUGCCACUCAAUGAGGGGACACCUGGCGUCCGUAAGCAACAUGAUGGAGUACCAUGAGAUCCAGAAGAUGAUCAUGACCGCCACACAUCGGAUUAAGCUAGCGUGGAUCGGAGGCUCUGAAGUACAUGAGGUGAACGUCUGGACCUGGUCUGAUGGGACUCCUUUACACUACACAGACUGGUGUGAUAGAGAGCCCAAUAAUCCUGGCGAGCAGAGAUGCAUACAGAUAAAUUACUCAGUGGAGAAGUGCUGGGAUAACAAGGAGUGUUUCGUGAAGUUGCCGUCUGUCUGUGUCAAUAGAUCCCCGUGAUGUCUGACCCCCACAGAGGCAUAAAGUCCACCUUAAACCUUGUGUGUUUGUGUGCAUGCUUUUAAAUACAUCUGUCACUUAUGUUCUGAUGGUUCUGAUUAAUAAUCUUUCCUAUCGCUGUAACGCUGAGGAAUGAAGCGACAAGUGAAUCAAACAGUGGCUGCCUCUCAUGAGAGCAGACUGAAGGAGUUUGGAAGGAGAAAAUGCUUUUAGCACAACCUUAUAUAUUUAAUAGACUCUUUUUUUCAUCUGUGCAAGAAUAAAAAGCUCAAGCAUUUCAACAA